AUGGUUAGGAGAAUUGUCAUCGCCGCUGUCGCUCUCUACUUGGGGCUUCUGUGUUAUUUCUGGUAUUCGCUCGAGCUAGCUGAUAAUACGACGCGAAGCGCUGCCUCAAUUUCACAUGUGGCGCCGAAAUUCGCUGGCCCGAAGUUGUGCGUCAUUGUCCCGUUCAGAGAUCGUUAUGACGAGUUGAAGGUCUUUGCCCCAUACAUGCACAGCUUCCUAAACAACCAGUCGAUACCGCACGAAAUUUUGGUAUUAAACCAAACGGAUCGAUUUCGAUUUAACCGAGCCAGCCUCAUCAAUGUUGGCUGGCUGGAAGCAUCAUCGUUGAAUUGCAGUUAUAUGGUGAUGCACGACGUCGAUCUACUCCCGGCGACAAGCGAAAUCAACUACAGAUUUCCUGGUGAAGGUGUUGUGCGCCAUAUUACGAGCCCAGAAUAUCACCCAAAAUAUCACUAUACGAAGUUUAUUGGAGGAAUACUGAUGCUGACAAUGAAAGAUUUUGAGAAGAUAGACGGCAUGAGCAACAAAUAUUGGGGCUGGGGAAUGGAAGACGAUGAAUUGUAUUUGAGGCUUAGUGAGCGCAAGGAUCUUGUCCUUACCCGCACCAAGGGGCUCUCAACGAACAGUACCAAUUCUUUCCGCCAUAUCCAUCCGAAGAGCAGGAAGAGGGAUUACGAGGUGGCCAGUCCCAAUCAGCGAGCAAUGAAACGGCAGCGGGAUAGAUUGAGCGGGCUCCACAAUGUCUACCACGCGAUUCGUUCUCGUGCUCUGGUGCAAUUCGAGGGAGCUGAUGUACAUCUGAUCGCCGUCGCGCUAAAAUGCAACAUGAAGUGGACUCCAUAUUGUUUGUCGGCUGCUCAGAAGGGC